AUGACCCUCCCGCCCAUCACGCCGCACACCACGACGAUGCAGCCCGCCAUGCCCACCUUCGCGACGCACUUCCGCGAGCGCGUCGGCGGCGUCCACCGCAAGCGCAACAAGCUCGCCCGACGGCACCUCGGCGCGGCGCGGCUCGGCAUCGCGAAGGAGCACGCGCGCGACGUGAAAUUGCGGCUCCGCGCGGACCGCGACGAGGUGUUGAGGCGGCGCCGCGCGGAGCUGAAAGAUAUGGAGCGACGGCGGAAGAAGAUUGACGUACAGCGGAAGGAGAUGGAGGAACGCACAAGGCACAUGCGGUUGAUGCGGCACAAGGUGGAGACGGCGGACCUGACGACGCGGUGGCACGGUGUUGGAGGCGCCGAGGUGCCGCGGCGGGAUUUGCGGACGAUGAGGCGCGCGCGUCGAGUACCAGAACAUAAUGCGUUCUCGACGGUGCUGGAGCGCGACCGCAUGGCCGAGGCCGCUUUGGCCGAGAAGAGCGCCGGCGUGUGCAUGAACCGGCGCCUCUUCUCCAUUCAACAAAGUGAAGAAAUCGACAGGAGGACCGAGACGGCCUACCGGGACCAUAGGCAUCUCGUGGACGAGAAUCAAAGUAGAGCUCGAGUCCACGUCAAGGCGCCCUGUCCCCGGUUUGAACAGAAAAGGGUGCUGGACACAAAUGACGAGAUCGCCGUCACGUUGGAAGCGGAGAAGUGGCUCGCGGUGCACAAGAACCGGGACAAAAUAAUCGCCAAGCUUGAGAGGCGGGACCUGAAGAGUAGGUGCAAGGCGCGCGACGACAUGGAUCGGUUCUGGGAUUCGACGAGCGAGCGCCUCGCGAAGCUGCCGCCACCGGUCAAGAUUAUACCGAAGGGCAGCGCGUGGCAGCGCCUGCCCCAGAACCGCCUGCCGGAGUGGUCUAUAGAUACGACGGUCUUCCUGGGGGCGCAGCCGCCUGUUACGAGCCUCUAG